GCCGGAUUCCUAACGUACCAUGCUUGGCAAGAAGCAGUUGUCAUACAACCUUUACAACGAGUUUGUUAAGCAAAGCUGCUAUCCAGUGUGAGAAGGUAUUGGGUGGAAGCUGUUGUACGUCAAUCACAUUCAGACAACAACAACAACAGAGCGAUGGGGCGGUAGCUGCAGAACAACCUUACGCAACUCACCAGCGGUGUACAUGUAAGCUAUGGCGACCAGGUUUACAGUGGGCAGACUAUGUCCGGGGAUUUCCCGGAGACUUCUUCGGCCCCAGACGGCCGAGGUCCGGGUGAUUCCGGUCCGGGUGAAGGUGGACAUGGCGCGGGCGGCUGUUGCCGCGGAUAAGGCCGACACCCCACCGGUCCCCUCCGCCGAUCGGCCCGAUGUUCCCGCCGAGAUCCCCGAAGUCAAGUCGCGGUUCGACAUCCGGCAUGACUACGGGGAACAAGUCCGACAGUUUCCGAUUGUUUCCCUCAACUUUGACGACGCCUUGGAGGCCUACAAGAGUAAAACAACGGGGGAAAUUCUGCGGGCCUUGCUCGUCUUCAAGUUGUGUUCUUUCGACAUCAUCGUGAGAAACAACAACCAGCUGAUGAAGCUUAGCCGCCGUAUCCUGGGGAAGCGCCUGUUCAAAAGCUGCAUGAAGGGCACUUUCUACGGGCACUUCGUGGCGGGGGAAGACCAGGAGAGCAUUAAGCCCCUCAUCAAGCGGAUGGAGAAGUUCGGGGUCGGGUCUAUCCUCGAUUACUCCGUGGAGGAGGACCUGUCAAGGGAUGAGGCGGUGUCUGCGGAGAUGGAUGACUAUAACCGCCGGCGCCACUAUUACAACUCAUGUAUCUCCUCAGCCGAGCCUGAACAGUCAGCCCAACCCUACAUGUGUGUUCCCUCGACAGAAAUCCACAGCGACAAGUACAAGGCCCACGAGGAGUUUGGGGACCGCCGCGAGGACGUGGUCAGCGCCAGAACCUACUUCUACGAGGACGAGCACAAGUGCGACGAGAACCUCAAGAUCUUCCUGAACUGCAUCAAGGCCGCAGGUUACUCCAGCACCGACGGUUUCGCCGCCAUCAAACUGACUGCAUUGGGCAGACCCCAGCUGUUGUUGCAGCUUUCGGACGUUCUCUCCACGACCAGGCAGUUUUUCGAGGCGCUGACGUCAGCAGAGAAGAAGUUACCGUGGGUUAAGCGGAAAUUGACGAAGGAGGUUUUCCAGAACCGGCUAGAGGAGCUGGGUGUGCCGAUGAGCCGUGACGAGUCCGGCUGGUGGUUCACCUGGAUGGACCAGGACGCAUCUGGGGAUGUUGACCUGCUGGAGUGGAACCAGAUGCUGAAGCCGAAUCACAGCCUGCGGAAGCUGUUCGUGGUGCCGAACAUCGAGACAGGGGAGCUGGAGCCAGCCAUGUCCUCCAUCACUGAGGAGGAGGAACAACAGAUGAAGAACAUGCUGCAGCGCAUGAACCUGCUAGCUGAGGCUGCAAAACUGCAGGGUGUUCGGCUGAUGGUGGACGCAGAACAGACGUACUUCCAGCCCGCCAUCGCGCGCCUGACUGUGGAGAUGAUGCGCAAGUUCAACCAGGAGAGGCCGGUCAUCUUCAACACCUACCAGUGCUACCUCAAGGAUGCAUACAACAACCUGUAUGCAGACAUGGACCUUGCCAGGAAGGAGGGCUGGCACUUUGGAUGUAAGCUGGUGCGCGGAGCCUACAUGGAGCAGGAGAGGAAGCGCGCUGAGGCAGUCGGCUACGAGGAUCCCAUCAACCCUGACUACGAGGCGACUAACAGAAUGUACCACAAGUGUCUGGACCACAUGCUGACCCGGAUAGACAAGUACGGAGACAUCAACGUGAUGGUGGCCAGUCACAACGAGGACACCGUCAAACACGCCAUACAGAGAAUGCGGGAACUCAACAUCUCCCCAGCAGACCAGACUGUGUACUUUGGGCAGCUGCUGGGCAUGUGUGACCAGGUCUCCUUCCCUCUGGGCCAGGCCGGGUACCCUGUCUUCAAGUACGUCCCGUACGGUCCCGUGGAGGAGGUUCUACCGUACCUGUCCCGGCGCGCCCAGGAGAACUCCGCCAUCUUGAAGGGCGCGUACAAGGAGCGCAUGCUGCUGUGGACGGAGCUGAAGAGACGUCUCUCGCAUCUGGAGCUCGUACACAACCCUGACAAAGUAAAACAGUAGGGGGGGGUCUCAAGCUCAUAUAAACAACCCUGACAAAGUCAAACAGUAGGAGGGGGGGUGUCUCAAGCUCAUACACAGCCCCGACAAAGUAAAACAGUAGGAGGGGGUGUCUCAAGCUCGGACACAACCUCGACAAAGUCAAACAGUAGGGGGGUGGUGGUCUGUCAUUGUGAGGGAGGGGUUGUUUCAUCAUGUUUUAAUAUGUACAAUGUAAUGGCAACAUGUCUACAACCCUUGUGUCAAGUAAAACAGGGAGUCUAUCAUUAUUGGUGAGGGGGGGGUACUUUGUGGCAUUACUUAGUAAUACAUAAUAACUUUAUGGCAUUACUUAGUAAUACAUAAUAUGUAGUCAAAUCUGGUCAAGAAGACCCUUCAAGGAAUUCUAGUGAUAGAUUCCAGUCUAUCUGGACAGGUCACCAAGAUUGAAUGGAUUCUUCUUUCUAUUGUGUCAAUAGAGAUAAAUGUGUAUAAGGGGGCCACCAAAAAUGGUCUUCAUACAAAGAGGUGGUCACUAGGUUUGACUGUAUGUUGCCGUGGGUUGGAGGAGGCUUGUUCCAAAAAUCAAUGUACAAAUUGAAUGUAAGUAUGGCAAAUUAAUGUACAAACAAUAGGGGUUGUGUAAAUGUUUACGUGGAUGUGUCUACCUCAUGGGUUUGGGGAUCCCUUAGCUCUUGUAAUCAAUGCUCUAAAGGGUUGAUCUUGUGCAGGGCUGUCUUCAUGACCCAUCCCUCUGUCCUGUGGUGGAAAUUUGCUUGUUUGGACAGACAAAUUUUUCACCCCAUCCAUCCAAAUUAAAGUUGGAAGUUAAAAGGACACAGAUUUAACUAGUAGGAAAUCAACAAGAUGGGAUCCUUAAGACGGCAUGGGACUGAAAAAUUUCAAGUUAAAGCUGGAGACAGUCCUGCUCUGUGAGACCUUGCAAAGGACAGAUGUAGCCGGCUUAGCCCAGAGGGGGGUAUAUUAUAAGACUAUUGUAAUUCCUGAUUUUUUCACUGUACUGUUAUGUUCACGUUUUUCACUGUGACGACUAUAACGUGAACUUAUCAUUACUGAUAACAAAUAGAUCACAGCCUUUUUUAAUGCGCACAUGUCACGACAGUGAACAUUAAGUUCCGUGAACAUUAAGUUCCGUGAACAUUAAAUUUUCUCAGACCGUGAAAAUUUGGUACCGUGAAGACAAAGUGAAUUACAGUAUUUGGGAGGGGAAUGAUAUUGAAUGACUCUGCAACAGUCUCUCAUAUCUCAGGAUAUCUGCCUACGGGGCCAGUUCUGCUCUGCUAAUAAGUCAGUUCACAGUGUAAACUGAGCAUGCUCAACAAAAUGCACUGUGCAUUUUAUGUCUGAAGGCCUCUAACUUGUAAACAUCUCUUGUCUAGACGAUGUUUGAUACAUGAAAAGGUUUGUUUUGUUUACUUCUCAGGGGCCUUCAACAUUGACAUAUCACCCAGAAUGCAUCUCACUGCACAUGAGCAGUUGGAUCCUUGACCAGGCUUAUACUUUGCAGGCGUUUACCAGAAAGUAUUAUUUAAAAAUAGCCAGCUGCCUGGUCAAGUAUUAUAAUUAGUCUCUAAAUAUAAGUGAAACAUCUAGUAAUCUGCAAUACAAAUGUUUUAAGUGUAUCAUAACUAUUGAUCUCUACUUUGUUUUUACAUCAGUGUGUUGGACUAGAGCUCGUGAUACAUAUAAUUUUGAGCUAUGAUGUUCUGUUAAGAAGACAAGUGGUCAGUUUGGUGUCAGUUUAAUUUUAUCCGGUGUAUAUUAUAGCUUUACCUUGAACGUUGACUUUUAAACUUACCUCUAAAUCAGUAAAUGCCAUGAUUGUUUUAGUCAGUCCAUGACUACUGCUUUAGAGAUAUUGUUCUGAUGGUUUCAACAUUUUCUAGGUUAAGGAUAUGCUCCUUAUGUGACCAGUAUAUAUUCUGCAAAUUACGCACAGAAAUGAUCAAGUCUAAUGUCAAAGCAGGGUCUUCUACUGAGUUUUUCUUCAAUACAAUUGUAAUGUUCAGUGCAAUGUACAGAUUGAAAUAAUUAUUGUCAAUGUCAGCUUAAAGUAGCACAAUGACUAGAUAUUUAAUGUUGAAAAACUAUCAUAUGUGAUACCUCUAAUGCCGGUCCAUAGCAUCAGUUGCAGGUCUAAAUGCCUUGUAAAUAAUGCCUUUAACCUGCUAUAAUGAUUAUAAAGGUAGCCAGUAGGUACCAAAUUUGUAUAGGGAGAAGCUUCAGUAAGGUCAUGUCAUCAGCAUGGUUGUCUGUAAUCAUCGGGUGACCUGGUGUUAUCCAAUCAGAAGCCAGAAUGCUGGUGAUCACAUGAUAAGCCUAUUGGCUUAGAGUGAGGUAAGAGAGAGAUAGCACUGUGAGUGAAGGGUCAAAGUUCAGUCAGUCUAUGUAAUGUGGAUGGGGAAGGAGCGUCAAGGGUAACUGUUUGAACGUGGUGGGUAAAGACCUUGUGCCUUGAUGGCCUGUAUUAGUCGAUUUCGGUAUUUUUUCCAAACGAAGGAACAUAGCCAUGUUCAAUAUCAUUGCUGCCAA